AUGCACAAGCUUUUUGACUUGCUGGAGGACUUUGUGCCAGCUUUUCUGGAAACGGUUGAUGCGAGUGACUUCGGCAUUUUCCAGGAGCUGGACGGCUUCCAUUACGGUCCAGUCGAGCGAAACACUUGCGUGUCCAUCCACUGCUUCCUGGACAAGAUCCAAGAGCAUUUCACAUCAAUUCGGCACGCAGCGCUCCUUUACAACGCUCACCUGGUCUACACGAACCUGGCGCUGAGUGACAUGAGGGUGCUCUAUACUUAUUUGGUGUCCUUCAACGGCGCCGUUUCCAGCCACAAGCUGAACAGACCCCCCUUCGGCAGGAUCCCGACAGCUGCUUCACAGCCUGGUGGUGGAAGCUCUUCGUUCGGCCGCGCGUUCCUGCUCUCCGAGGAGGAU